CCCAUGAUUCAUUUCGGAAAAGAAUCGGUCCCAGUUAUUUGUAUCCGUAGAGGUUCUCGUUGCUCACCGAUGAAAAUUACAACGCUAAUCAUUAGCGUUGAGCUUUUCUGUCAGUUGACUUUAACUGGGCUUUAUUUGGACAAUUAACUCCGUAAUUAGGCUCCAGUUUUAUUUUACUCUUGGUGUACCGGGUAGGGUAGGUUUCUGGAGUCUUCAGGAUGUCGUAUCCUCCUCCGAUAAACCGCCAGCAGAUUGGUAUCCCACAGUUACCACCUAGGAUCCCCCCUCCACAGUAUGCAGGCUUUGCUCCUGCAGUCCCACCAGGGACUCCUAUGAUACCGGUUCAUAUGGGUGUAGUGACCCCCACACCCACAGUGCUCGUUCCAGCCACAGUUGCUGUAGCACAGAAGCCGAUGACUCCGAAGAAAGAGCCUGGCACGAUCAGAGCCAAGGAUACGGAGGACGGUGGCGGCCCCACCACCACUGUAUUUGUGGGGAACAUUUCUGAAAAGGCAUCUGACAUGUUGGUCAGGCAGCUUCUGGCUAAAUGUGGUAUUGUUCUAAGCUGGAAAAGGGUCCAGGGUGCCUCUGGGAAACUUCAAGCUUUUGGUUUCUGUGAGUAUAAGGAGCCUGAAUCCACACUGCGAGCCCUCAGACUCCUGCAUGAGUUGCUCUUGGGUGAUAAGAAGCUGUUGGUGAAGGUCGAUGCCAAGACUAAGGCUCAGCUAGAUGAGUGGAAGGCCAAGAAGAGGAGUGCAAAUGGGGGAGUCGGUGGCAGCGGGAAAAACGGGGAUGAAGACGAAGAGGAGGUUCUUGAUGAAGAAACCCUGCGUAGAGACCAGGCUGUGAAGGGGGCAAUAGAUGUCCUCAUCCGAGAGUAUGCAAGUGAGCUUAAUGCUCCCUCACAGGAUCCUGACAGUCAGCCUCGCAUCAAGAAGCGGAAAGAGAAGAAAGAGGAGGAGGAUAUCAAUGCCAUGGAGAUGGAGGAUGACAAGAGAGACUUGAUUUCCAGAGAGAUCAGUAAAUUCCGGGACACACACAAGAAAUUGGAGGAGGAAAAAGGCAAAAAAGAAAAGGAACGCCUGGAGCUGGAGAGAGAAAGGAGGGAGAGAGACAAAGAGCGGGAGCGGGAGAGGGAGCGCCGCGAUCGCGAGAAAGAGAAGGAAAGGGAGAGAGAGAGGGACAAGGAGCGGGAAAGAGACCGGGACCGCGACCGUGAGCGAGAGAGGGAUCGUGAACGCGAGAGGACGAAGGAGCGGGAGAGGGAGAGGAGUCGAGAUGUCAGUGAAGCUCGCAGCAGAUCGAGAGAGAGGUCCAGAGACGAUAAAAAACGAGACCGCGAAGAAGAUGAGGAGGACAUGUAUGAGCGGCGGAGACUUGAGAGGAGGCUUAGAGAUAAGGAAGCAGCUUAUCAAGAACGGCUGAAAAAUUGGGAGGUCAGAGAGAGGAAGAAGGCCCGUGACUAUAGCAAAGAUGCUGAGCGAGAAGAAGAGAGGCGUCGUGAAAUGAUGAAAGAAGCCAAAAGGCUCAAAGAGUUCCUUGAAGACUAUGAUGAUGACAGGGACGACCCAAAAUACUACAGGGGCAGCGCAUUGCAGAAGCGUCUUCGUGACAGAGAAAAGGAAAUCGAGUUGGAUGAACGUGACCGGAAGAGGGAGAAGGAGGAGCUGGAGGAAAUUAGACAAAGACUUCUCGCUGAGGGUCACCCUGAUCCUGAUGCUGAAUUACAGAGAAUGGAAGAGGAAGCAGAGCGCAGACGACAGCCACCUCUGAAACUUGAACCGGAGGAGGAUGUGAACCAGGAGAAAACUCACAAGGAGCGGGAGAAGAGGGGGUCCGGAAGGCCUGUGGAGCCGGAGCCUCAAGUUCCCCCGCAGCAUUCAGAUGACGAUGUGGAAGAGGCAGAUGAAGAUGAUUACCGCGAUGGCGAGGACUCACAAGAAGCCAAGCCGCAACUCAAACCCGCCAUGCGACCAAUCACCACUGCUCCCUCUGUGUCUUCUGCCAGUGGAAACGUUACUCCAAACACCCCUGGAAAUGAGUCUCUUUGUGGCAUCAUAAUUCCAGGCGAGAACACUCCAGAGGUCCAACCUCCAGAGGAACACCGGCCCAAGAUUGGCCUCAGCCUCAAGCUGGGUGCUACCAACAGUCCGAGUCAGCUCAGCGCAGGAAAGCGAAAGAAAUUAGCAACUGUGGACAGUGUUUUCAACAAGUUUGACGAAGAGGAGGCAGAUGAGCAGCCUCGCAAAAGGAAACUGGUUCCACUGGACUAUGGUGAUGAUGAAAAGAGUCUGGGGCUCGAUGGAGCAGAAAUUUCAGGGGCCAAAGGCAGCAUUAACACAGAGGAGAAACGGAAACACAUAAAAAGCCUUAUAGAGAAGAUCCCCACUGCCAGGCCAGAGCUCUUCUCCUAUCCUUUGGACUGGGCAAUGGUUGAUUCGACUCUGAUGGAUCGCCGCAUUAGACCGUGGAUUAAUAAGAAGAUUAUAGAGUACAUUGGAGAGGAGGAAGCUACAUUGGUUGAUUUUGUCUGCUCCAAGGUAAUGGCGCAUAGCACUCCUCAGGGUAUUCUUGAUGAUGUUGCUAUGGUUCUUGAUGAAGAAGCAGAAGUCUUCAUAGUAAAAAUGUGGAGGUUACUGAUAUAUGAAACAGAAGCAAAGAAGAUUGGACUGGUCAAAUAAGUAAACACGACUCUGACUGACUUCCUGAGCUUUCAGUUCUACUGUCUGCAGUUUUCUGGUCCAGCAGACUGUGAACAUGCCCACACGGCGCUCCAUUCCAUCGGCAAAGAGCUGGUGUGUGUGUGUGUGUGUGUGAGUGUGUGAGUGUGUGAGUGAGUGAGAGUGUGCGUGAGAAAGUCAAAAUUGUGAACUGAAAGGGUUUGGAAACUAAUGUGCUGCAUGAAAAAAAAAACUUUGGUUGUAAUUCUUUUAUUUGUUAGUGCCGUUCAGGAGGAAUUUCAUCCAUCUGUUCUACAAUGUGUUGGACACAUUCUGCUUUAAUUUGGUGGUGUUGUUUGGAGGCACUACUCCAUUGUGUGAACUAAUAAACAUGCUUUUUUAAAAAAAACAAAAACAUA